GAGGGAUCUGGGACUUAUGGAGCACGUGGACUUCACGAGGGAUCGGCUGGUCGAGAGUUUCUUGUGUGCCCUUGGACUCUCUCAGGAACCACGGCUCAGCUCGCUCCGUAAAUCUCUCACCAAAGUCGUCAUCUUGAUACUGGUGAUCGACGAUAUCUACGACCUUUAUGGUUCGUUGGAAGAGUUGGAAUGCUUUACCAGCGCCAUUACCAGGCGGGACUCGGAGCAGAUUCAACAACUUCCCGAGUGCAUGAAGGUGUGUUUCCGAGCGCUUAACGAUGUUAUUCACGAGAUCGCUUAUGAUAUUGGCAAAGAUGAAGAUUGGCAUCGAGUGCUACCACAUCUCGCGAAAGCCUGGGCAGACUUUUGCAAAGCCCUACUUACUGAAGCAAAGUGGGACAACAUGGGCUACACACCAUCGCUGGAAGAGUACUUGAGCAAUCCGUGGACAUCAUCUUCAGGACCACUGAUCAUGUCUCACGCUAGUUUCUUUGUGGGACAUAUGAAUUUUGAGGAUGUAGCAGAUUUGCUGGAGAGAAACAAGGAUCUGAUUUAUAAUGUGUCCAUGAUAAUUAGACUCUGCAACGACCUUGGAACGUCAACGGCCGAAAGAGACAGAGGAGAUGCUCCAUCGUCGGUGGUGUGUUACAUGCGAGAAGCGAAUGUUCCGGAAGACAUCGCUAGGAAGCACAUCAAGGAAUUGAUAAACCAGGAAUGGAAAAGCAUCAAUGCUUAUUGCUUCAGCAAUGCCGAGACGCCCUUUGUCCGAACCUUCAUUGAUGUCACCGUGAACGCGGCUCGCGUUGCGCGUAUGCUUUACCAGUUCGGAGAUGGGUUUGGCGUCCAGGACGGUGAUAUUAGGCGGCAAAUUUUAUCUGCAGUGAUCCACCCUCUCGCUCUUAACUGAGAUAGCACAAGUGUA